AUGGCGAUGCACGCCCUCACUGGCUUCUCGCUGGUCAGCCUGCUCAGCUUCGGCUACCUGUCCUGGGACUGGGCCAAGCCAAGCCUGGUGGCCGACGGGCCCGGGGAGGCCGGCGUGGAGCCGCCUUCGGCCGCUCCACGCCAGCCUCCCCAUAUCAUCUUCAUCCUCACCGACGACCAGGGCUACCACGACGUGGGCUACCAUGGCUCAGAUAUCGAGACCCCUACACUGGACCGGCUGGCAGCCGAGGGUGUCAAGUUGGAGAAUUACUAUAUCCAGCCCAUCUGCACGCCUUCGCGGAGCCAACUUCUCACUGGCAGGUACCAGAUCCACACAGGACUUCAGCACUCCAUCAUCCGCCCUCGGCAGCCCAACUGCCUGCCCCUGGACCAGGUGACACUGCCCCAGAAGCUGCAGGAGGCCGGUUACUCCACCCACAUGGUGGGCAAGUGGCACCUGGGCUUCUACCGCAAGGAGUGCCUGCCCACCCGCCGGGGCUUCGACACCUUCCUGGGCUCGCUCACCGGCAACGUGGACUACUACACUUACGACAACUGCGACGGUCCCGGCGUGUGCGGCUUUGAUCUGCACGAGGGCGAGAGCGUGGCCUGGGGCCUCAGCGGCCAGUACUCCACCAUGCUCUAUGCCCAGCGGGUCAGCCACAUCCUCGCUAGCCACAGCCCCCGGCGGCCCCUCUUCCUCUAUGUGGCCUUCCAGGCGGUGCACACGCCCCUGCAGUCCCCGCGAGAGUACCUGUACCGCUACCGCUCCAUGGGCAACGUGGCCCGGCGCAAGUACGCCGCCAUGGUAACCUGCAUGGACGAGGCCGUGCACAACAUCACCUGGGCGCUCAAGCGCUAUGGUUUCUACAACAACAGUGUCAUCAUUUUCUCCAGUGACAACGGGGGCCAGACCUUCUCGGGGGGCAGCAACUGGCCACUGCGAGGACGCAAGGGCACUUACUGGGAAGGGGGCGUGCGUGGCCUCGGCUUCGUGCACAGCCCCCUGCUCAAGCGAAAGCACCGGACGAGCCGGGAGCUGGUGCACAUCACUGACUGGUACCCGACCCUGGUAGGUCUGGCAGGUGGCACCGCCUCGGGGGCCGACGGGCUAGACGGCUACGACGUGUGGCCAGCCAUCAGCGAGGGCCGGGCCUCGCCGCGCACAGAGAUCCUGCACAACAUCGACCCCCUCUACAACCAUGCCCGGCACGGCUCCCUGGAGGCUGGCUUUGGCAUCUGGAACACCGCUGUGCAGGCUGCCAUCCGCGUGGGCGAGUGGAAGCUGCUCACGGGGGACCCUGGCUAUGGGGAUUGGAUCCCACCGCAGACGCUGGCCGCCUUUCCCGGCAGCUGGUGGAACCUCGAGCGCAUGGCCAGUGCCCGCCAGGCGGUGUGGCUCUUCAAUAUCAGCGCUGACCCCUAUGAACGGGAGGACCUGGCUGGCCAGCGCCCCGAUGUGGUCCGUGCCCUGCUGGCCCGUCUGGUGGACUAUAACCGCACGGCCAUCCCGGUGCGCUACCCAGCUGAGAAUCCCCGGGCCCAUCCCGACUUUAAUGGGGGUGCUUGGGGGCCCUGGGCCAGUGAUGAGGAAGACGAGGAAGAGGAAGAAGAGGCAAGCAGGGCUCGAAGCUUCUCCCGAGGGCGCCGCAAGAAAAAAUGCAAGAUUUGCAAGCUGCGAUCCUUUUUUCGUAAACUCAACACCAGGCUGAUGUCCCAGCGGAUCUGA